AUGGGCUCAAACAGGGCGAUGGCAAAGCGCAAGCACAGCGCCCAUGAAUGUGUGUUGACCUCUCCAGAGAUCGUUGCUUACGGCAUCUGCGACAUGUGCCACAAAGAUAAACCGGUGGAGUUCGCCUGUAACCCUUGCAAUUUCGAUCUAUGUAAAGCUUGCUCCAACAUACCGCCCACCGUGUCACAUGAUUUUCAUCCAGAGCACCCUCUUGAGUUCUGUACCGGAGAAGUCAAUGGGAAAACUAAGUACAUGGUCUGCUAUGGGUGUGGGAACAUGUUUUCUGGUGGUUUCUACUACGAAUGCAAAGAGUGUGAGAUCUACCUUGAGUUGGGCUGUGCUCUUAUGGAGAACAUCUUCAGGGGAUGGGAUGCCAAAGAAUUACUCCAUUACAGCCAUUCUCACUUGCUUAGAAGGAGCAGACCAGGAGCAGACGCCAAAGGAUCUUGCCUUCUUUGUGAGCUUCCCCUCUCUCCUUCCGCAAUAUGUUACGGCUGCGUUCACUGUUACUUGUUUGUCCACGAGCACUGCUUUGGUCUUCCAACAGAGAUUCAACAUCCCGUGCAUCCGGCGCACCCUCUGGAACGCCUUCAUUACACACAAAUUCUUGGUGAUGAGGGAAGAACUUGUGAUGCAUGCGACGAAAAUUUAGAUGUUGUCUCGUUUUGUUGCCUUGAGUGCGAUCUUGAUCUUCACCUGAGGUGUGCAGAUUCUUUGUUGCGAGCUCUAAUACGCAAGUCUCAUGAGCACAGGCUGUUUUAUGUAGCUUCUACAGGUAGCAAGGUUUCAAGAGAAGAACGGCCAUGUCAGAUAUGCAUGGGAACUAUCGAAAUCUCCCUGGAAAUGUAUUAUUACUGCGUGAAAUGUGAUAUGUGCUUUCAUUUUGAAUGUCUUGAGAUACCCGAGUUUGUGAACAAGACAAUCUGUCACAUUCAUCCGCUUGUCUGCAAAAUAUUUCAAAAUGAGGACGAUUCCUUGGAGCAUUGCGGUGUUUGCGAGACAAUAAUAUAUGCUGGACACCAUGCUUAUUCCUGCCAACAAUGUGAUUUUCGUGGCCACAUUGAAUGCAUUCUUCGCGAGGAAAAACCUUCCCCUCUGUACUUGAAAGAGUUGUAUUCUUGCGACAAAGAUAUCACAGCAUCAACAGACCGAGAAGACCGUGAAACAAACAGUAACGAAAACAAACUCACGGUCAAUGACGUUGAGCAUAUUCAUUUGAUGAGACCGGCCCACAUGCAAUCUGAGAAAAAUGAAGACUGUUCCAUGUGUGGUGGAAAAAUGCGUGGUGGCGUUUGGAAAUGUGAGACAUGUCCCUUCGAGACACAUCAAUUCUGUGCAGAGUUGGCAGGAUCAUCGAUAUAUCAGUUUCAUCCAGACCACCCUUUGACCCUCCUGCCAGAGGCCCCUAGAGGGUCAAUAAUGGAUUGUGACACCUGCAAUGACAAAAUAUCCGGGUUCAAUCUCUUCUGUCGCAUAUGUAAUUUUAUCAUGCAUAUCAGCUGUGUCUUGAAAGGUACACAAUUUAUUGGAGCAUUACACAGAGGGCAAAAGGUCAUUGGAACCUGGGGAGGAUAUUGCAUUCUAAAGGAGCAUCUCUUGUUUCAAGUUUUCAUCUCCAGGUCAUAUACGAUGGCGUGUGCUCUUUGUGAUAAGAUGUUGAGUGGGAGAGUUCUGUCGUGUAUGACGUGUGGAGAUUUAUACCAUCCUUGGUGUAUCAAAGUUGAGAGAAAAGAUAUGUCCGAUCAUCCGAUUCAUCCCAGUCAUAUACUUGAAUUUACAUUGGUAAGUGGAUCCAAAUGCACUGCAUGCAAACAGAAUAUGGGUAAGUAUGGCUAUCAAUGUGGCAUCUGCCAAAUCAGUUUCCACUUAAAAUGCAUUGAAGCGGCGAAGGUAUCAAGGGAUACCCCCGGGUAUCACAAUCACCGUCUCUACAACUUUUGGGAGGAUGAUUCAGCUCGAACAUGCAAUGUUUGUGUUAAACCAUGUGGUGUGUCAUUCUAUGCAUGUAUUGGGAUUGGUUGUAACUUUAGCGCCCAUGUAGACUGUCUUGGGUUCCCAGUCACAAUGAGGAACCAACAACAUCAGCAUACUGUCCUGUACACUUGGUCCGAUAACGAAGAAAAUGAAAUUUGUCCAUUAUGCGGAUUAACAUAUGUCGCUGGUGUUUACAACUGCAUUCACUGCAAAGCCACAUUUCAUAGGAAAUGCAUAAUGUCCAUGGAUGACCGUGAAGCAGCAACAGAAGACAAACAAAUUCAAGAAAUCUAUCUUAUGCACCUUGAGAUACUUGCAAAGGUAACUACUCACUACGUUAGAGUGCAUUCCAGACACUGUGUAGACGAGGCUGAGGUCGCUGAACAUGUUUUUAGUUUAACAAGCAGCAAGGCCUCUUGCCAAACCAGGAAAAAGUUAUCUUGGUUAUCAGUAAAUGCCGCCAGUGUGGUAGCCGCCUCUCUGGAUCCAGUUGACAAGCAACUGUUUAAAAAGAGUCCAUGGUUAAAAGCGUUAGUAAUAAUACCAAAGGUACAGCCAAGAUAUGCUGUAGGCUGUAGCAGUGUGGAAGAAAUAUCCAUCCAUGAAGAACAUGAGAAGGAGUUCCUUCUAAAGGACUUGAAGCUAGAAGGAUUGAUGGGAGAUGAAAGAAGUUUGGGCAAAGUCGGUUCAACGAGGAUAUAUAGAGUUCUUAUGUCGACGAUUGGAGACACUAACAUUGAUGAAGUGGAGAACGGUCCAUCGCAGGUUCGUUCUCCACAUGACUUGAUCUAG